UGUAACUCUAUUUUCUCAUGCAAAUCAAAUCCUGUGAUCAGAGCUAGCUAACACAAAAAAAUGACAAGCAUCACAAAUUUCCUCAAAAGCAAACCCAUCACUGAAAAAGCUCAAAGUGAAGAAGAGAGUGAUGAGUUUCUUGCUUGUCUUCCCAAAGAAAAAGGCUGGAGAACACCAAAUUUGUUCCUCUUCCAAGGCUUUUGGUGUCAACCCAAAGAAAUUCGAGCCAUAAUUUCUAUACAAAAUCACUUUAUAGCUCAAGAUACCGAUUUAAUCAUCGCCACCAUACCAAAAUCCGGCACCACUUGGCUAAAAGCACUCACAUUCGCCAUUGUUAACCGAAACAACUUCAGUGUUCACCAUCAACAUCACCCUUUGCUUACUAACAAUCCUCAUGAACUCGUACCCUUCCUUGAGUACAAGCUUUACGCCGAUUGUAACCGUCUACCUGAUCUCUCUCUGCUUCCUUCUCCGAGACUCGUCGCGACUCAUGUCCCUGUCGGAGCAUUACCCGAUUCGAUUAAGACUUCAAAUUGCAAAAUCGUUUACAUCUGUAGGAACCCUUUUGAUACUUUUGUAUCAAUUUGGCACUACCUUAACAAAAUCAAACCCGAAUCACAGGGCCCGCUUUCAAUUGAGGAAGCAUUCGAUUUAUAUUGCAGGGGAGUUAUAGGGUAUGGUCCUUACUGGGACCAUAUGUUGGGUUACUGGAGAGAAACUGCAUCAAACAAGGUGUUGUUCUUGAAAUAUGAAGAGAUGAAAGUAGAUGCAUGUAAUCAAUUGAAGAAAUUAGGUGAGUUUUUGGGGUUUCCUUUUACAAAGGAGGAGGAAAAGGAAGGAGUAAUUGAAGAUAUCUCAAGUCUGUGUAGUUUCCAGAAUAUGAAAGAUUUGCAGGUGAAUAAGAAUGGGAGAGGAGCAAUUUCAGACUUUGAAAACAAAGAUUUGUUUAGGAAAGGUGAGAUUGGGGAUUGGAUGAAUUAUUUUACACCUUCCAUGUUUCAGAGGCUUUCCAAUGUUAUGGAAGAGAAAUUACAAGGCUCAGGGCUUACCUUCACACUCUGUUGACGACGACCAAUAAUAAUUUCGAGAUAAAAUUUGAGAUAAAUCACGUAAUUAUCUUUAUCUCAUGCCCAUUUGUACUUAACUAGUGGAAUUACCCCUUGUUUGGAUGGUUGUUAACUAUUGUAUUUUAUUGUAUUUAUACUUCAAUUA